AUGAGUCGGAAGCCUGCCGCGGGGACCCUCGAGGCAGCGGCGCUCUCCCUGGCGCAGGAGGUGUCGGGCAACCCGGACGACUGGGAGAGGAGGAGGAAGGCGCUGUACUCGAUGCAGCAGGCGGCUGACGAUGCCGGGAAGGCUCUGUCCGCGGCGGGUGGCGGCGGGGAGAAGGCGGUCUUCACGGCGGAGGUGUGGCGGUACCUCAGGGAGCCGCUCAAGCACACGCUGAACGACCUUCGAUCGGCCAUCGUGAAGGAGGCGUGUGUCCUGCUCGAAAAGCUCUCCGACGCGGCCGGUAACUACAUGGCCGCCCUCAUGAGGGACAUGCUAAACGUUCUCCUGCAGCUCUUGGCGAACGGCAACUCGGUGAUCGUUGGGCAGGUGGACUCGUGCAUGCGGCACAUCAUCGAGCAUUCCCGUUUUCCCCGGCAGCUUAAGGAGGUGGAGUACACCGUGAGGAACAGCCGGUCGAAAGACCUCAGGGAGUCGGUGGGGGCAUACGUGCUUCUUAUGCUCCGCGCGUGGCCCCCCGCGUCGAUGGACAAGGAAGCGGGGUAUCUGGAGUCCAUCAUCGCAUUGCUGCUGAGAGACGCGGCGAGUGCGGCGAGGACUGACGCUCGUGCCUCGUUCGGGAUGUUGAUGGAGCACUGGCCAAAGAGGGCCGACAAGGUCUUGCAGUGCCCGUUGAGGUCGGCCAGCGAGAUGCAUACCCUGGCUUUGAUCUACUGGAAGUCUUUCCUGUGUUAUGAUCUACCGGAAGCCCUGCGUGAUUGUGGGGUGACUGGUAUACGCUACUGCAAGCUUUGUGUUUGGGGAGACCGGCCGUCGUCUCGGGUGGAGCAUGAAAUGCUUUUUUUCAUGAUUUUUCGGAGGGGGCUUUCGAGAAUACUUCGCGGAGAAGGAUGGGGCUACUGGAGUGCAGCCUUGAUUUUGAUGCCGCUUCUUUUCCUGAAAAAGCGGUCGGUUAGGGGGCACGUCCCGCGCUUCGAAGGCGGGGGGGGUAGGAGGCGGGGGCUCCGUGGCAUCAAAGGGGGCAAGAAAAGGACCGUCUUCUUCAGAGGCAUUGAGAGCACCGCGCCACUACCGCCUCCGCCGCCGCUCGAAGAGGGGCGAAAAAGGCAACGACGUCGGCAUCUACAACAGGUGUGCCUCCAGGGGCAAAAAAAGCGCGCCGCGGUGGUGCGGUACGUUGGCGAGACCCAGUUCGCGACGGGCGUGUGGGUAGGGGUGGAGCUCUCACCGGAUGCUGAUCCCCCAGGAAACAAUGAUGGGUCGGUUCGAGGGGUGUCGUACUUCAAGUGCCCUCCCUUGUGCGGGGUGUUCGCUAAGCCAGACAUGUUCGAGUUGUUGGAGGAGGAGGAGGGAGAUGCGGAGGGUGGCGACGUAGAAAUGUCGGCGAGAGAAGAAGAUGGGAAAAUGGCGGCGGCGGGCGGCUCCGACGAGGCUACCCGUGCGGGGGGCGAGCUUCUCCGCUUCCACAAGCUCUUUGCGAACGAGGCGCUGGAAGCACUGAAGGAGGAGAUGGCCAUGAUCCCAGACCUGGAGGGGUUGGUAGAAUCCAAGCAGUCGGCCCCCGCGGAUCGCGUCCGCUUCUAUCUCGAGGUUUUGGAGAGCGCGGCGGCGGCGAGAGAGGCUGCGGCGGCCAGGCUGCGCGCACAGAUUCGAGAGACGGCGGAGCGGUACCCCUCGGUGUUCUCUCCAUCGUCGGAUGAUGCUGCCGCUGCCGCGUCUUCGGAGGGCGGAAGAGGAAGCAGCGGCGGCGGUACCGAUGCCGGUUCGGGUCCUGGAAGCGGCGCAACCCAAUCCGAUGGUGGUCCCGGUGAUGGGGACGGAGACGAGGAUGCAGGCGGUGGGGGGGGUGGUGGCGAUAGGGCUGACGGUGGGGAGGAUAGCAACGCCAACGAUAACAACGGAGCAGCAGCGAGCGGCAAGACGGAAGAGGACGAGAGCGUAGAGGACACCGAAACCGUCGCGGUGGAAGCAGACGAUGGCCACGCUGCUGAUACUUCGGCCGCCGUCGCCGUCGGAGAAGACGAAGGGGACCCCGCUGACGGCGGCAGCAGCAGCAGCGACGACAAGGGGGCACGCGGUCAAGAUAAAGGAAACGGAGGGAACGUGUUUGGGAUGGUGGGGAAGUUCCUGCUGGGGGUCGUCCACAAGCCUCCGGGAGAAGAAGAAGAAGAAGAAGAAGAAAGCGACCAGGACCAGGCAUGCCAACAAAAGGAAACCCACGGGCAAGGUGCGGCCGGUUCUGGUUCUGCUGCACUCGUCGCAUCGACUUCCACGGUGGACGCGCCUUCCACCCCAAACGCGGUAGGCGCCGACCCCAGCCGGCUGUUCGGUUUGAUGGGAACACCGUCAAUAAGAUCUGGUACAGAACGGUUCAGGAAGGAGAUCGACGCGAGGCCCGUUCCGCCGGACUUUCUUAUUUUCUCGAUUUUUUCUUGUGGCCUGGACAACGAACUCGGUGGAAAAGUGUUGAGUGUGUGCAAGCCGUAA